AGUCGCGCUCUAGCCUCCGCCGGAGUUCACAGGCUGGGUGCAAGCCAGGGCCGGGCGGGCGCGCUGCCGGCACGCGGCGAGAGUCCUCCUAGGCGCGGCGAUCGGAGCGCGGCCCGGACCGAUCGCAGCGCACUGUAGCAGCCCAGCACCCUCGCCAGCCCGGGCGGUGCGUGCCAUGGCCCCGCGCAAGAAUGCCAAGGGCGGCGGUGGCGGCGGCGGCGGCGCCCACAGCAGUGGCAGCGGCUCCAGUAACAGCAGCACGAGCGCGGGUAGCAGCAGCGGCAGCAGCAGCAGCCCCGGGGCCCGGAGAGAGGCAAAACAUGGAGGACACAAGAAUGGGAGAAAAGGCGGGCUCUCUGGAAGUUCAUUUUUCACGUGGUUCAUGGUGAUUGCUUUGCUGGGGGUCUGGACGUCAGUAGCUGUCGUUUGGUUUGAGCUUGUUGAUUAUGAGGAAGUUCUUGGAAAACUAGGAAUCUAUGAUGCUGAUGGUGAUGGGGAUUUUGAUGUGGAUGAUGCCAAAGUUUUAUUAGGACUUAAAGAGAGAGCUGCGGCAGAGCCCACGCCACCAGCGGAGGAGCCCCGGCUGCAGGCGGCGGAGCAGUGGGAGGCCCCCGCGGGCGCAGAACCCCAGAACAUUGAAGAUGAAUUAAAAGAACACAUUCAGUCUCUUCUCCAUGAAACAGUAUCGACAGAACAUGGAGAGGACCUGCCGCGAGAAGAGGAGGAACCAGCAAGAGAACAGCGAGUGGAAGAUGAAGAUUUUCUUCCAGGAAGGGACAAAGAUGACAAAUUUGAGAACCUGGAAGCGGGAACGUUUCAUGAAGAAACUGAGGAUAGUUACCAUGUGGAAGAGACAGCUUCACAGGACUAUCAUCAGGAUACAGAAGAGAUACUGUAUGAACAGGAAAAUCCAGAUUCCAUUGAACCAGCAGUAGGUGAUGAAAGCCUGUACCAGGAAACAGAUGAUGUAACAUACCAAGACUAUGAUGAACCAGUAUAUGAACCAUCUGAAAAUGAAAGGAUAGAAAUUUCAGAUAAUGUCGUAGAAGAGUCAAAUAUAAUUUCAGAAGAAGUAAAUAUCCCCCCUGCAGAAGGACUACAGGAAGUUCCACCAGUUAAGAAAAAGAAGCCUAAACUUUUAAAUAAAUUUGAUAAGACUAUUAAAGCUGAACUCGAUGCUGCAGAAAAACUCCGUAAAAGGGGAAAAAUUGAGGAAGCAGUGAAUGCAUUCAAAGAACUCGUACGCAAAUACCCACAGAGUCCACGGGCAAGAUAUGGGAAGGCACAGUGUGAAGAUGAUUUGGCUGAGAAAAGGAGGAGUAAUGAAGUGUUACGUGGGGCCAUCGAGACCUACCAAGAGGUGGCCAGCCUGCCCGACGUCCCCGCAGACCUGGUGAAGCUGAGUUUGAAGAGACGGUCAGAGAGACAACAAUUUCUAGGUCAUAUGCGAGGUUCCCUGCGUACCUUACAGAGAUUAGUGCAACUAUUUCCCAGUGAUACUUCCUUAAAGAAUGACCUUGGUGUGGGCUACCUUUUGAUAGGGGAUAAUGACAGUGCCAAGAAGAUUUACGAAGAGGUUCUGAACCUGACACCUAAUGAUGGCUUCGCUAAAGUGCAUUAUGGCUUUAUCCUGAAGGCGCAGAACAAGAUUGCAGAGAGUAUUCCCUAUUUAAAGGAAGGAAUAGAAUCGGGUGAUCCUGGCACUGAUGAUGGGCGAUUUUACUUCCACCUGGGGGAUGCUCUGCAGAGGGCCGGGAGCAAAGAGGCAUAUAAAUGGUACGAGCUUGGGCACAAGCGGGGACAUUUUGCAUCCGUGUGGCAGCGAUCCCUCUACAACGUGAAUGGACUCAAGGCACAGCCGUGGUGGACGGCCAAGGAGGCGGGCUAUGUAGACUUAGUGAAGUCCUUAGAAAGAAACUGGAAGCUAAUUCGUGACGAAGGUCUUGCUGCGAUGGAUAAAACCACAGGCCUCUUCCUACCUGAAGAUGAAAACCUGAGGGAGAAGGGCGACUGGAGCCAGUUCACACUGUGGCAGCAAGGAAGGAAAAACGAAAAUGCCUGUAAAGGAGCUCCUAAAACCUGCACUUUACUAGAAAAAUUUCCAGAGACCACAGGAUGCAGAAGAGGACAGAUCAAAUAUUCCGUCAUGCACCCUGGGACGCACGUGUGGCCGCACACAGGGCCCACCAACUGCAGGCUCCGCAUGCACCUGGGCUUGGUGAUCCCCAAGGAAGGCUGCCGGAUCCGGUGUGCCAACAGGACCACGACCUGGGAGGAAGGCAAGGUGCUCAUCUUUGACGACUCUUUCGAGCACGAGGUGUGGCAGGACGCCUCUUCUUUCCGGCUGAUCUUCAUCGUGGAUGUGUGGCACCCUGAGCUGACCCCCCAACAGAGGCUCAGCCUUCCUGCAAUUUAGCAUGUCUUGUGGCUGGGGACACCUGGGAGAGAGGCUGGCUGGCUGCCUUUCCUGGUUCCAUCUCCUUGGAAGCAGGGACAGACAUUUGAACUCCAAGGCUCUUAAUUCCCUUCACUUGCAGCCUGAAAAAUUCUAAGCCUCCUCCUAGGGUUAGAAAACACUAAAGCGAAGAUUUGCCUAGCUCCAAUUUGUUUAGAAAAUACCCUGCUUAUUUCAUCCAUGACAGCACCGAGUGGAUAACAUAUUUAAAGUGAAUAUAUGAUAGCUUCUACCUUGCCAGCCAAAGAUACUUUUUUUACACCUAGAAUAGGUCUAAAUCAGAGUACAAUGAGAAUAUAUGUAGAAACUGUGAAUGGAGAGCUUUAGUUUAUAAAUUUUCUAUGCAAUUAUAUUUUUCUAGGAUAGCUAGAUAUUGUGUCAUCAUGUACCACUACUUUUUUGUUGGUUUUAAUGAUAAGCUCUGUGAACAUCCUUACUUCUAGCUGUUGUAUGGAACUUUCCCAUGAACUCAGACUUUCCUCUUUUAUUAAUCCUUUUUAGUAAAAGACACUCAUAAGAAAGCAGCUAUUUUAAUUUCCUAAUAUGAAAGGGAAAGAUGUAAUUAUGCCAGUGUUUGUGAACUGUACGAAGCCCUACCCGCUGAGUCUAUUUUGCUUUUUUGUCAUCAGUGAGAGUGAGAGUCUUAAUUAAUUUCUCCCCUCACUAUGCUAAUGGUUGGAGCUAGUGACAAAAGCUUAUUUCUCACUAAGAGGAACUUUUUACCAUGAAAGAGGACAUGGAAUCUUUUUAUAUUAAGUGAUAAAAAUGUCACGUGUAUUUUUUUUCAAUGCCAGGUAUUAGGGCUUGGGGGGAAAAAAGUAAAGUUUCUCAAAGUAAAAAUUUCCUUUUAGGAUUAGGUAGAUAGAUGACUGCUAAGGAAUCUGGCUGGCAACCUCUUUGCUGUCUAUCAAACAGGGUCAGGGAAUCCAGAGUGGGUUUGCCUGUUGUAGAUCCACGUGAGUGACAAAGAAACAGCCCUUCAUUCCUUGAGGGGAUUCCCCACACAAUUUUGUGUAAAUAUGAAGGAUGGAAAAGUGGAAGGUCACUAGGAAUGCCAGGAUCUUUGUCCUGGAUGUAGGGGUCAAAAUUGUUUUCCUCUUUGACAGAGUUUAGAAGACUUUCCAUCUCCCUGGCUUGAGAAAGUUCUGCCAUUUAAACAUCAAGAGACACUUUGAAAUAGCAAUUAUUAUCCACAGUUAGUUUUAAUAUUACCCACAACAUAGAAAUAACAUUUGAAAAAUGAUCUUGCCUACUCAUUCCAAAGAUGAUCAAGUCGUUAAUGUAGUGAAGUAUAAAUUCAUUCAGUUUUGUCUUUUUUGAAUGAAAGCUAACUCGAAAUGUUGGCUAUAAGAAUGUAAUGAUAUUCAUGCACUGAAUUCUAAGCCAGUAUGAACAGAAAUGAUGAAGAAAUGGCACAUAGUUUACGAAAUUUCAUUCACAAGUAGGGAAAACACUUGUGCUUUCUUUUCCAUCCAACAACAAAGGAGAAGGCUUUCUUUCUCUCUCUUAAAAAACAGUUAUUUAUGAUUCAAAUUGACCCUUCUUGCUGGUCAACCUUAAGGACAUUUGCUUCCAGUAGAAGAGUCUGCAAAAUAUUUGUCCUGUUCCCUUCUGUUUUGCCAGUAUUCAAAAAUCCCACUAAAACAGAUGAAGAGGCAUGGGAGGAAAAAUAUCAAAGUUAAUUACCAAAAUCCAGAAGAAAAAGGAAACUCCUGAAAAAGCAAAAAGGUAUUUGUGUCCUUCAGGAUUUAUUGAACAGAGGAAAUGACUGGACAAAGGACGAUACAAUCCAAUGUUCUUGAAGUAACAUUCACGUUGCUUCUUGAAUUUGGUUCUCGGAUGUAUAUUGCAUAUGCAGAAAGAAAAUUCAAACAGAAAUUUUAAUGGCUGAACCAUCAUCUUACAUUCAUUUACAGAAAUUAUGGGAUAAAGUAAAAACUAGCUCUUAGCUUAGUAAAUAUAAUAUGGUAUUGAAACUUUGGUCACUACAGUAGGAUUCUAAAUAGUGUCAACUGAAAAGCCAGAAUUAUUAUUACUGUUGCAAAGUGUUGGCAAUAAUUAAUUCUUGGAUUGUAAAUCCAGAUAAUGAAAUGGAUUUCCUACUUUACUUUAGUUCCUCUUUCUUCCCUACAUCUUGGAAUUUAAGACAAGUAUUUCCAUGAAUUAUUUCAGUAUUACUGUUUUGUGAUUUGAAGGGCCUACACAAAAUGAAUUGGUUUUAUUUAUACUAUGAUGCAGUUGCUUGAGAAGUAUUUUUAAUUCUACUUCAAUUUUAUUUCAUCAAGAGUGUACUGGAAUAUAAAAAUUACUUGUUAUUUUUCUCUACCAGUAGAAAAAAAUUAGAACAUUAGAUCCAUUGAGAAAGAGAUGUGAAAAAUGGUACAAUUAGCAAUACUAUCUAUUGGGGGUGUUAUGACCAGGCGAACCACCUAUUUCCUGUGACUUGUUCAACUAACAACUUAACCUUCCUCAAUGCUUAGAAUGUAAAAUCAUAUUUUCCACUUGACAUUGAGUGCCAACUCAUCAUGUGAAUAAAUGCCCAUGUCGUGCAGACGGCUCAGAGACCAAGAGAUAUCUAAAAACAUACAACUGAUUUUGGAAAACAUGGCACAAGUAAGGCUAUCAUAUCCUAUGACAUCAGUUUAUUUUGUAUCUAAUUCCCUUUGAAUGGGUGGAUGGGGAUGCCAUUUCUAAAGAAAUAAAAAUGAUCUUUGGCAUUACA